GAUACAUUCAUCAUGUGACUGCUUGAACCAUGAUUGUUUCACCCAGGAGAAGAUUUUGAACCAAAGAGUGGAGCUACAAUUUGUUUAUUAUGCUGCAAUAGGCUGCUUUAGGACCCUUCAAGCUAUAAAAAUGGGUUGCUGCAUGUGCAAAGAAAAUAAAUAUAAUGAAGCUGUAAAUGAAAGAUCAAGUUUGGUAAGAAAUGAAGUUGGAGGAGUGUCAUCAAGUAGACCAAUUCAUGAGGAUGGAACAGUAUCAGUUUCUUCUAUAUCAAGGACAGAUGAAGAAUCCCUGCUCAGUAGAAUUGUGCAUAAGACUGCAGAUGAAAUCAUAGACGUAUCAGCAAUAGAACCUCACAGUAUGGAAAGAGCAGAGUAUAUGGAAAAGAUGAGACAAUAUCAAGAACGAGCUGGUAGUGGAAAUGUUAAAGUACCAAAGCAUAAAUCAAACCUACCCAAUACUAAUGCACCAGUGAACAUACUAAUUGGAGAGCCUAUAAAUGCCUCAGAUAUAAAACUGAUAACAAAUUCAACUUCUAUGGCUGCAGACGCUGUGAGCAAAAUGGAAGUAAAAUUCAAAGAACCUUUAGUUGUUCCAUUUGGCAUUGAUAAUUCAAUACCAUCUGCCUAGCUAACCAGUUCCUUUGGUAAACAUUAAGUAUAGUAAAUUGCAUUUCUGUUGAAGUAUGAUUCAGGUGAAUAAUGAUUGAAACAGGAAGGGUGGCAUCCCUAAGCAGGUGCUAUGCAACAUGGCUGCAAUUCUUGCCUCUCUUAAUUUUGAUUCUUAAUGGGAAAAGUUUGAAUGGGAAAUGGGGAGUAUUUCUGUAUUUUUAUCAGCCAGUUUAAGUCAUAGAAAUUUGCGAUGUCCUGUCUCCUCUUCACCAAAGUAAGGUUCUCUUCGUAAAAGUAGACAGACUUGUGAAGAUGAAUGUUAACCUUCAGUAUAGUGAAGAUGUUUUAUCAUGUUCGGAAGCUGUUUCUUUUGGAGAGUAAUCACUAUUGUGAGAGAAUGUAGAGAAGCAUAAAAAAAUUGGAGCUGCACCCUAGAAUUUAUUUAAGACUUUAAGUGCUUGUAGAGACUGUAUAAUUUUUUCAAUUCUCCGUCUACUGAUCUAUUUGAAGUCUGUUGGCUUUAGGCAGGACAAAUCAAAACUUUUAAACCCCUUUGUCCUUUUUGCAAGGUAAAGUUAUUUGUUCUGUCUUUUGUUUGUAGUACGCCAAUUUACAAAAGCCAGAGUGAAUCAAUUUAUCAUUCUUUGCUGUUCUUUGCUUCAAAUUUUCAGUUCCCUGUCUCACUCAACAUGUAAAGUUUCCAGUAAAAUGCUGCAUUUGUAACAUUUGCUUGUUAAAUUUUUCACAGCAUUAAUUUUUGUUAGGAAAAUUGCAUUUGGUCUUUAAUUAUUCUCUUUUGCUGUUAAUAGCAUGAAAUAAUGAUAUUCUUAUUAAAAUUGUAAUGUUUCUAAGAAAUAGUA